ACAACACGAAUCCCCAAAAGACAGGGAUCAAAGAGUUUGUUACUUUGCUCUCUCUCUCUCUUGAGUGCACACAUUCUUUGCAGCCGAUCGAUAAUGAAGAAGGAGAGUAACGAUGUGUUGUCGUGGCCUCUCAUUGAGCAGAAGAGUAGUGGAAUAAAGGAGGAAGUGAAGAAGCAGCUAUGGCUUGCUGGACCACUAAUAGCAGUGAGUCUACUUCAGUUUUGUCUUCAAGUAAUAUCGGUUAUGUUCGUCGGACAUCUUGGCUCUCUUCCUCUCUCUGCCGCUGCCGUUGCCACCUCAUUCGCUUCAGUCACCGGCUUCACCUUCCUCAUGGGAACAGCAAGUGCGUUGGACACAGUCUGUGGCCAAUCCUACGGAGCAAAGCUGUACGGAAUGCUAGGCAUACAGAUGCAAAGAGCAAUGCUUGUUCUUACACUCUACUCUAUUCCUCUCUCCAUCAUUUGGGCCAACACAGAGCACUUCCUACUCUUCUUCGGCCAAGACAAAUCCAUUGCACACCUCUCUGGCUCCUACGCCAAGUUCAUGAUCCCUAGCAUCUUCGCCUACGGUCUUCUCCAAUGUCUCAACAGGUUCUUGCAGGCGCAGAACAAUGUGUUUCCCGUGGUUUUGUGUUCUGGAGUCACCACUUGUCUUCAUGUGAUCCUCUGUUGGGCCUUGGUGUUGAAAUCUGGUUUAGGGUUUAGAGGAGCUGCUGUGGCCAAUGCUAUCUCGUAUUGGCUUAAUGUCAUCCUAUUGUCGUGUUACGUCAAGUAUUCUCCUUCUUGCUCACUCACCUGGACCGGUUUCUCUAAGGAGGCUCUACGCGAUAUCAUCCCUUUUAUGAAGCUUGCUAUUCCUUCUGCACUUAUGGUCUGCCUAGAGAUGUGGUCCUUUGAAUUUAUGGUUCUCUCGUCCGGACUUCUUCCCAACCCGGUUUUAGAAACUUCUGUCCUAUCAAUCUGCCUUAAUACAUCAGGAACAAUAUGGAUGAUCCCAUUUGGCCUCAGUGGCGCCGCAAGCACAAGGGUGUCAAAUGAAUUAGGAGGAGGGAAUCCCAAAGUGGCUAAGCUUGCGGUUCGUGUGGUCUUGAGCAUCGCAAUCUUAGAGAGCAUACUAGUUGGUUCCGUAUUGAUAUUGAUAAGGAAGAUAUGGGGAUUCGCAUACAGUAGUGACCCAGAAGUAGUCAACUUUGUAGCCUCGAUGUUGCCGAUUCUUGCCUUAGGCCAUUGCCUAGACAGCUUCCAAAGUGUUCUUUCAGGGGUUGCUAGAGGAUGUGGAUGGCAGAAGAUAGGAGCUGUUGUGAAUCUUGGAUCAUAUUAUCUUGUAGGAAUUCCUGUGGGAUUGUUACUUGGUUUUCACUUUCACUUGGGUGGUCGGGGGCUUUGGCUGGGAAUUAUAUGUGCACUCAUCGUUCAAGGUGUAUGUCUCUCCAUCAUCACCUUUCUUACAAAUUGGGAUGAAGAGGUCAAGAAAGCUACAAGCAGAGUUGAAUCUUCUUCUGGUGUGAAGAAUUUUACAACCGAGAAUGGGACAAUUCUUGUAUUCUGAAAGCUAUAUAUAUAUGUUGAAAAUGACAAUAUUUAUAUAUAUUCUUCAUAAGUUGGAGAUCA